AAAAAAAAAAAAAAAAAAAAAAUACUCUCCCAGUGUUUAAUCCGUCAAAGUCUCACCAUCGGAGAGUUUUUCCUGUCUUACUUUGCUUCGUUACUCACUCUUUCCCCUUGCGCUGUCCCAAAGUUGAAUUUUGGGCUUUUUCUUCUUUUCUAUUUGCAUUUAUUAUUCUUAUAUAAAUGGCAUUUGUAGUAAAAGUUCCUGUGAAUGUGAGUAUUUCUUCACAAUGCAAAUUUGGUGGAUUUUCUGGGAAUAUAAUCAGAAAAUCUGGAUUUGAGAAUGGGCGUAGAUCGUUUGUUUCAGCUGUAAUGUCAAGUAGCCCUGCUCCUAAUGUCCAAAAUCUUUCUAUCAAGUCCAAAGAUGUUGGAUUGCCUGUUAUGGUCAAUAGUUGCAUGGGCAAAAUGGGAAAGGCAGUUAUCGAAGCAGCAGCUAAUGCUGGACUUCAUAUUGUUCCUGUAUCAUUCGGUGCACAGGAGGAGUGUGGGCAGCUUGUCCAAGUGGGAGAUAAAGAAAUUCAGGUCCACGGUCCUUUAGAAAGAGAAGAUAUCCUUGCCUCUGUCUAUGAUGAAUAUCCUGAGCUGAUUGUGGUAGACUAUACAGUGCCGACUGCAGUAAAUGAUAAUGCAGAGUUGUAUUGCAAAAUUGGGGUGCCAUUUGUGAUUGGAACCACUGGUGGAGACAGGGAUAAACUUCGUAAGACUGUGGAGGACUCAAAGAAUUAUGCUGUUAUAUCACCACAGAUGGGAAAGCAGGUCGUAGCAUUUCUUGCAGCAAUGGAAAUUAUGGCUGAGCAAUUCCCUGGAGCCUUUUCUGGUUAUUCUCUUCAGGUCAUGGAGUCUCAUCAAGCCAACAAAAAGGAUGCAUCUGGGACUGCUAAAGCUGUUAUCUCAUGCUUUCAGAAACUUGGAGUGGACUUUGAUAUGGAUCAGAUACAACUAAUACGGGAUCCUGAGUUGCAAGUUGAGAUGGUUGGUGUCCCGAAAGAACACGUUUCUGGUCAUGCAUUCCACAUGUACCACUUAACGUCUCCCGACCAAACGGUAUCAUUUGAGUUUCAGCAUAAUGUGUGUGGAAGGUCUAUAUAUGCUGAGGGUACCGUCGAUGCUGUGCUUUUCCUGGCGAAGAAGGUGCAAUCCAAGGCUACAAAACAGAUCUACAACAUGAUUGAUGUCCUGCGCGAAGGCAACAUGUGAUGAUUUUGUGAUACUUGAAGAUCGUUCGCAAUGCAGUGCAAUGGUUCACAUUUUCCUAAUUUGAAUCAUGUAGAUUGUAGAGCUAGAUUGCCUAUAUAUCUUUGUUGCAUAGCAGGUAGGUAUCUUUAGGAAAAUCAGAGUCACAAGCUUGAGCAAAGUUUUGUAGUUUAGGUUGUUAAAUUGGAGGGAGCUCCAAUAUCCAAUAUGGCAAAUAGGUUAAUAUAAAGAACUUUAUAAAUAUUUUAUACUACAUAACUUUUAAUGUACUAUUUUUUUGGGUUGGGUCUUCUUCACCAAAUAAUUUGCUCUAUUUUCAUUCC